CAUUUCAUUUGAUGAUCCAAUGCCAAACUCGGCUCGAAAAUUAUUUAAGAAUUUGGAUUCUUGUUUUGAUUCAUUUCGUUUUUUCUUUUCACGUACAGAUAAAUGGCUAAACAUCAUCCGGAUCUAAUUUUUUGCCGUAAACAACCGGGAGUAGCUAUCGGUCGUCUUUGUGAAAAAUGUGAUGGUAAAUGUGUCAUCUGUGAUUCAUAUGUUCGACCAUCAACAUUGGUUAGAGUUUGUGAUGAAUGUAAUUAUGGAUCAUAUCAAGGCCGAUGUGUUAUUUGUGGUGGACCGGGUGUAAGCGAUGCUUAUUAUUGUAAAGAAUGUACCAUAUUGGAAAAAGAUCGUGAUGGUUGUCCGAAAAUUGUCAAUCUAGGAUCAUCGAAAACGGAUCUUUUCUAUGAACGUAAAAAAUAUGGCUUCAAGAAAAGAUAAUAUAUCUAAAAAAUCACAUAAUUUUUCUGGAAAAAAUAACAUCACGACAUUAAUCAU